AUGUUUCGUGUAAGGUUUGUUAAUUUCACAAAACACCUCACAUUCCAUUGCAUUUUUUAUAUCUUCAGUCGGAGGCUCUCAGAACUGUAAGUCUCCCGAAAUGACUUGCUAAAUGCCACUUAUUUUGUCCUUUCUACAAUAUUUCUCAGAUUUUGGAGCAAGUAACCCUGCGCCUUUGUUUGAGCUGCUUGCUAACAAUAAACUACUGACUUCAUGCUGGGAAAUAUUUGUUGAAGGUUGCAUCCAGAGAUCAUUCUAUUGGUCAAAUCAGCUAUGUGACAUCCUGUGACGGCCCUAUUUUUAGACCUCAAGACAUAACGUUACAAGCGUAUUCCCUCCCGCAUUCGUAUUUGUGAAGCACCAUUCCAGGCGACUACGAAUAUACACGGCCACAGUCCAAAAUUCGCACGUUUAUUUUUUAAAUGGUGGAACACUGCUCCAACUCUCGACGCCAAAUUAUCCGGGUUUAAGCCUCAUAUCUUCUCGGUCGAUGUCAAAUAAGUCAGAACUAACCAGUCUCUCCACCUUGCCAGCAUUUCCAUACACGAAAGAGUUUAAUGUCAGGAAGAAGGUGCAUCAACAAUACAGAAAACGUAUGCGUAAGCCUGGUAGUCAUCUGGUGGAUUGGAGGUGAAUUACUUAGGAAACCCUGUCUAGGCAGUCAACUUACUGUAUCAGAUUUGGUGGAUUCCAGACGUUGCAGUAGGUUGGGCGGGUAAACUUGACCCAAAUGUGAUUAAACUCGCGUCGUCCGGCGGGGCCUCGUAGCUCAAGUGGUUAGAGCGUUGGCUGUACUAAAGCCUUCCCCUUCCUGCGUCGGUUCGAAUCCCACCGAUGGGCCGAGUUUUUCACAGUUGGGUCAAUAUGAAUAUGCGGGGUGGUUGCGUCGGGCAGACACGAACACACACCGUGUGAAUGAACACCCUCCCCUCCAAAAGGGUAAAUUUUCAUUUUCAAACGUUGAAAUAAUCCUUUAAAAGAACAACAUCAUCCAUACGCCUACCGUGAAUACAGAAUGAAAAUUAUUCGUCUAUGUUCUGGUUUUAACUCCCUAGUUGGAAGUGAGAAUACAAAACAACAUAUUCGCAUACAAACCAUAAAGAGACCCACACCCUUCUCAAAUCCGAUACUAGAGGAGAAAAGUUAGUCGGUUUACCAAGACCUGCAUAUUUUGAAAAGCAACGUUUUUGCUACUGUUGAAUAAGUAAGUAACAAUUAUUUUGGCUGUAAUAUAGAAACGAAAAGCUUAUACAGCCCAUCCACUAUUGCUAUAUGCAUGGAUCACGUUACACUCAUCGAUAGCAGCAUACCUGAACCUAGGCGCAGUCUACUGCACAGGUUAUUACGCAAGUGUAUCACGAACAUUUAUGAUAGCAGCAUUUUUGAAAGUUAAAAUACUCCCUUUCUUUUAAACUCAAAUUCAAGGAAGCUACGGCUUCUACAGAAUGAGUGUUUUUUUUCAGUAACACGUUGUCAACUUUAUAUGGUCAUCGCAACUGGAAAGAUGAUCUGUCAUGCCUCAGGGUGUUGCUGCCGACCGGUUUUAAAAUUUUACUUAACUACUAUUUUCCACUUUAAAGCAUAUUGAAAAAUUUCGGUGCGUGCAGUGUGCUGAGUACAUACUUGUCUGCUUAGCGACACAUGAGACUAAGCUUUCUAUCAGCAUUCCGACAUUCUCUAACAUCCAGCAGACGUUUUUUCAUAGUGCCAGAAACCUGUAUUGCACGGGAAUAAAGAUCCCCACAUUAAGCUAAAUUCCAGUGGGAGAUAGGGUCAUGGUUUGAAGGUUUCUGGUUAGGAUUAGAGUUGCUACUAUCGAUCUCGUGGUUAGAAUUAAGGGUCGGGACUCAAAAAUGACUACCCCCUCGAGAAUCCAGUGCAAGGCCACCUGUAUGUUGGGGGUGUUCAGAUCCCCAGGCCCAACACAGAAACCCUUGCUUCCUGCCCAGACACACAGUACGCAUUGAGAAUGCCAGGUGAUUUUGUCGGCAGGACAGAUGAUAAGUAUCUGUCAUUGAAAACUUAUUUGUUUGUACUCAUUUUUUAAGGACAGCUCAUAAGAUUUUACAAAGUAACCAUUCGUGCUUUACCAAAGAUUUAAAGCAUAAAUACAUAAACUGUCUUUUAGUUUAAACGUAACCGACAGGACCUCGAGUUCUAGGUCUGGCAAGCUUGCAGUUAAUCUGCCAGAACCCUUUUAUUAUCCCCUUCCUUUCGUAGAAAGAGUUUCUGAGCGAUUAAAACGGUUUGUACGCAAAGCAUAUCGGGAGCAAAAGACAAAUGACACUUUUCUUACCGAUCUUCAUAUAAAACAAGUAAGCUCUUGAUUUGUGGUCUUCUUUACUGUCAACCCAUCUAACGUCUUUCCUUUUUUUCAAAACUAGAAAGAUCCCAGAUGUCCAUUCUGCCAAAAGUUAAUACUCUCGACAUCAUUUAUCAAGCUUUCUAUAGGCGAAUACUAUUCUGACGGUAAGUCCUCAAAUAUUUUCCGUAUUAUUUGUAAAAGUCAAUUUUAGCAGGCAAAUUCUGUAAACCUGUCUUUUCUUCCGAAAAUUCUCAUAAGUCGAUUAUUGUGAUGCCGGGCUGUUUCAGUGAAAGCACACUUAACUCGACCUGCACCCGGCAGGUAUCUUUUGGGUGCUAAAGGGUUUUGAUCGUCGCGAGGGUUAACACUGCCUAGUGAGAGAUUUCCAGGUAGUUCUGGCUCUAACUUGUAACAAGCAUGGUAAAUACAGUAGAUGUGCUAACUCAUGAAAUGUCAACCAACAUUUCGAAAUGCGUUCUCGUUUCGAAAAGAUAAAAUAAGUAGUGUUGUAAAACUAAUCACGAUGCGGCAUAAGUCUAUUAUGAUCCAGUUACCUCAGGGUGUCGGCUUUCGAAAGAACUUAUUUUCGGCUGCAUGCAAAAUCUACACUCUGCAAAAAAUGACUAUUUAAGUAGUAUGCAAUUGUCUCAUUGAUUUUCGAUGAACUCGAAAAUUGUAUUAUAUUUCAUGGAAAUCAUGCAUAAAAUAUUCGUUCUUUUACUUAUUCGGUAGAAAAUCACGUCUUCUUCCAAAUUAAUACUCAAAAGAAGAUUAUAAUUUGGUUUUAAAAAGCUUUUCUAAUUCCCGAAUAAUUUUGAACCCGACCUGCUGUUACACUUGCAUUCAGGGUUUCAAAGCUACAAGCUGUAUAUUUUCCGUGUACGGAAAACCAUGCACUUCUCUACGGUGUUAAGAGGAGACUAUAUGAGGUUCAUAAAAUUAAGCAGUGGAUUUGAGCAAUAUUGUUAGUUUUACAAGCCAUAUUAGUAAGUGCAGAUACAUGACGUUUCAUGAACGGCCAUUUAACGGUAUUAAAAAAUCUCACAAUUGGAAACUUUUUAAAACCGAAUUAUACUCUUCUUUUGAGUAUGAAAUUGGAAGAAGACGGGAUUUUCUACCGAAUAAGUAAAGUUUGAUAAUAAGUGUUUAUUAAAUGAGGCAGGAUAGUGGUGGAGCCAAACUAUCCCCGGUGCAGCCGGAAGGGCCAUUGUUCUUGUACGGUUUUCAAAAUGGGUCCAUUCAUACAAUCUACGCAUCACACAACGUAGAACAAGAAAAUGCGUGGAUACGCAGGACCGCAGCUAUUUUUUUUCUUCGUUCAAUAAACCAUAAACCGAUGUAAAAUUUCGAUAUGUAGUAACGCAAAGUAUGUUCUGAACUGCAGUAUCAUUUACAGUCUUUAACGAGCCUUUUCAUAAGAGGGGAACUGAGGCCUUUCCUCAAAACCCCAGUGGCAUUCAGAUGAGUAAACAAAGACGAUGCGAAAAAGUUGUAGCUUCAGGUGGGGAUGGCCCAGAACAAUCCUUGCCGCUCUUGUCCUUCAACAGUUUGUAGAUCCGCUUUAUAUUACCUAUGGGCUGACUGUUUGGUAGGCAGAACUUACCAAGAGUGUAUUUUACAUGGAUCUGUCCCUCUGCAUCACCGUAGGCUGCGCAUGUUAUUUUUCACAGUUUAUGUUGUAUCCUGCAUCCUAGUGGUACCGGAAGGCCAGCAGCAUUUUGUUAUUGUAACUACUGUCUGGACUCAAGAACACAAUGGCUAGCCCUGUGCUUUACAUCUAGUUGCUCUAGGGUGCCAAUCACACUUUCCUCAAUCAGCUCUGUUGGCGUCUUAUUAUUUUCUAAAGAUUAAACCUGAACUCGCAUCCUUUUCUUAAUCAGAUUGAUUGACCAACAGAAUUAACUGAUUACAACCAUAGCCAUAUUAUGAUGAGGAAUGUAUGCGAUUAAGCCGUGACUUACAGUGAGUGACCGAUCUCAUGGAACGUUGGCUGAAAUUCUGAAAUGCGUUUUCGAUUAGAAAGGAUUACGUGGUCGCGAUUGAAAUAAUGAUUAUCUUGCGGCAUAAUUCUAUAAUAUUUCGAAAUAGCAGGAUGUCAGCUUUUGAAUACCCUGCUUUUCAAACUCAUAGAGAAGCCGUACUUGGUAAAAAAAAUGACCACUAAGGUAACAUGCAUUUUCGCACUGAUUUUCGAUGUUCUUGCAAAUUCGAAGAUAUCAUAUAGAAACCAUAAACAAAAAUAUGCUUUAUAUCAGUCAAUUAAUAGAGAAUCACGUUUAUUAUAUUUUAUACUCAAGGAAGGCGUAUAAUUAGGUUUUAAAAAAUUUUCUAAUUAUCGAAUAACUUGGAGCCUGAUCAUUCGUUGCAUUAGCGCUUAGGAAUUUCAGUCUGUAAGGUGCAUUCGUUCAGCUUAAAGAAAAUCACAGAUUUUUCUAUUCCAUUAAGAAGAUAUCAUACAGAGUUCAUAAAAUUUUGCAAUCGAUGCAGACUAUGUUGUACAUUUCAUGUGGAGCUGUGGUAAACGGCCAGGUACGAUGCUAUGUGGAUGAACAUUGUGAGGUCUUAAAAAUUUCAUAAUUAGAAACGUUUUCAAAACCUAAUUACACUUCUUCCUUGAGUAUAAAAUAUAAAGAAGACGUAAUUCUCUAUAAAACAACUUAAAGAGAGCGUAUAUUUGUUUAUGGCUCCUAUAAGAUAUAUUUGAAUUUGCAAAGCCGUCGAAAAUCAAUGGGAAAAAUGCAUGCUACUUAAGUAGUCGUUUUUCACCGAGUGCGGUUUCUGUAAAAGAUUGAAAAGCAAAGAAUUCAAAAGCAGAUAUCCUGCCGAGUCUGAAAUGUUAUAAGAUUAUGUCGCAAGAUAAUUAACAUUAGAACCGCGCCCAAGUAAUCCCUCCUAAUCGAAAACCCAUUUCAGAAUUUCGGCCAACAUUUCAUUAGAUCGGCCACUCACUGUAUCUCCAGGCUCCGCAGUAUCUUACGACCGCUGUCUUCCUUCGACCCCUCAGUGCACUCGUCUUGCGCCCCACUCUGUUUGUUUUCUUUAAUCGCAAACAGCUCCCAUCACUACUAAAUCCUACAAGUCACCUCUGACCGUUGAAUACAAAGCGAACUUGCGGCACAGGCGCUACUUUUGUUUGACAGAGGAAUAUCGCUAGGCGCAGCAGUGGUAUAAAUAAGCGGUACUGUUGCCGUUGGUGGGAAGAUUGUUCACUUCAGUGCCAUUGACGCCCCAUGAAUAGUUCUAUUAGAGACCUUAGGCUACAACUUACUGAAGGGUGAUUGUUUGAAGGGGCCAGCAUUAUUCAGUUUUUGGAUUCGAAAAGAACCGUUUCCAUCCGCACCUGGACACACACUUUAGAUACUCCAUAAGUCACAGUUGACGGCAAGUGAAGCCUUGCUGUACGGCAGACAAUCAGUGCCAAACAACUUUGGAGAUACAGAAGAUGUGCUUUGUUGUGAAAUUGUGACAGAAAUUCUGAAAUGUAUUUUCAAUUCGAAAAGUUUACUUAAGUAACAUUGUAAUAUUAAUUACCAUAUCGCAUAAUACAGGGUAUUCCAGUCGUGUUAGGAUGUCGGCCUUCGAAUAAGCUCCUUAUUGACCGCCUGCACAAGCUUUAUUCCGUAAAGAGUGACUACUUAAGUGGAAUGAAAUUGUCAAUUGAUUUUCGAUACCUUUAUAAAUUGAAAUAUAUUUUAUAGAUAACAUUCACAAAAAUAUUGUUUCUUUUACACAUUUGGUAUCAAAUUACGUCUUCUUUAAAUUUAAUACUUGAAUAAAGCAUAUCCUUCGAUUUCAAAAACUUUCUAAUUAUGGGAUUUUUCAAGACCGUGAACUGUCCAGUCGUACAGCAUCGCAUCAACAGAUUUGUAAAUUCAGCUUAUAAAAAAGGAAUACCCAGUCCACGCUCAUUAAAAACUUUUAUGAGCCUUAUACGUCCUCUUUAUAACGACAUACAGAAAUGCACGGUAUUACUUACCGAAAAGUAUACAGAUUUUAGUUUAGAAACUGAAUGGGAGUGUAACGGCAAGCCGAGUUCAAAAUUAUUCGAAAAUCGAUAAUUUUUUAUAAACCGAUAUAUGCUCUUUCCUCAAACGCAACAUUUUAAAAAGGCGUAAUUCCCUACCAAGCGAUUCAAAGAAAGAAAAUUUUUGUACAUGUUUUCAAUAAAAUCUACUUGAAUUUAUAAGUCUCAGAAAAUCAAUGGGAACGAGUCAUGGUACCUAAGUGGUUAUUUUUAUGGAAGUAGUUUAUUCGUGCGAUCGAUAAGAAACUUAUUCAAAAGCCGGCAUUCAGAUGUGACUGGAAUAUCGUAACAAAAUGAGACAAGAUAUUUAACAUUACAAUCCUGCCUGUGUACUUGUUUGGAAUCAAAAACAUAUUUCAAAAUUGCAGUCAACAUUUCAUGAUUUGUAUAAGCGAUGCACUCUCCAAGGUUGCCUAUUUCCCAGCAUCGAAACCUAUUCAUUUCGCAGACAGCCUGCUUUCACUGAAGGCCACUUCACUGUCUUACACCUGUGCACGCUCUGAGUAGCUCCCAAAUAGGGGACAGACAGGCUCAAUCUUACCGGCGCUGGGGACGGGACAUGUGUGAUCUCCGUAUCCUCCAGGUGUGCAAUUUCCUCGUUGUUUUGGGCUUAAUAGAUAGGCGGGCGCUUUAUUGUUCCCAGAAUUCGCGCCCGUUCGAAUCUGAAACGCCUAACUGAAUAGCCGGCUUUCAAUUGUUUGCUGCCACCAGUGACCUCUAAUCAGACCCAAAAUCACAGGACAUGUAGGCUAUCUGGCUGCCCAUUGCGCUGCAGUCCUUUGUGUCAUUGUUAGAAAAUCCACAAAGACAGGGAAUAUUUCUUCGUCUUAAGAUGUUGCCAGUUCAAAACCGCGUACUCAUGUCUGCCUUGCUGAGAUUUGAAAACGUGAGUAUCUGAGUCAACCAUUCCUUUUGGGAUCAUGAGUAUAAAAUACAAGUUCUUGUGACCUUUAUACCUUUCAUCAAAUUGUACCUCAUUAAUGAUCAACAAGCUGCUUGAAUUUUGCUUUUUUGCUUUUAUUUACUCAAGUUACCAAUGAGCCACCUCCCGUCAAGUCGCCACCGUAAGUUUUUUGUGAAUAUAAAUAAGAACCCAAUGCAACCUUCCAGAGGUUUCUCGUUUCGUUAACGUUUAAGCAAUUUACUUGGAUCGAGUCCAUAGACUUUUUACAAAGGUUAACGCACUCCACUUUUGACCCUUUGUCCAACGUUCAUUUCCCUUAAGUUAACGUCACUUAUGCCGUCGUAUUUAGCAGAACUGUAGACCUAUCGUGAUAGAGAGGGUUCUUUCAUACGCGACCACUUCGGUCUACUCAUAAGAAACGCUACAGUGAAUAAGACGUCUUUUCUUAUUGUUCACUGACUACGCAAUGUUAAAACGAAGAACCCGUGACCAACGCAUGCGUUAUUUUAUCAGACCAAUGUAUUUUAUGUUGACUCCCUUUUCAAGUUGGUUCUGCAAAAGGAUAAUUUAACAAAAUCAACCAAGCAUUUGAAUUUCAUGCUUUGUAAUCCGAUGGAACACCAGCGUUCAAUUUAUCAAAUCUUCUAUGUCUGAUGCAGGUACCCUCUGCUACGAUUAUCCCCCCCCCCCACCUCUAGGAGGAGUAGAGAAUGGGGAAGAUGCUGUGAAAUUCUACCAUAAUUAUAAACUAAUUCACUCACAGGUCACCGUCCCUGCUCCACCCCACUCUGAGGCCUACGGUGGACAUCGUCGACAACGACCAUCGAACUGUCUGUUGGGACUUAUAUGUAUGCUAAAAGGCUUGAAAUAGUUGUAGAGGAGCCCUUGUCGCUAGAAAAUGAACUUCGUUUGCCUGAAACUUUGAACUCAUGCUCGAAACGUCACGCAAGAAAACAGGCAACCUUCGGAAAAAGCAGCUGCUAUGCAGACCCGAAACCAUCACUUGGCUUGGUCUUCUGCCGUGUGACGUGAAAUUGGGCGUCACUUCCCCUAAGCUUGUCCAGGCAAACGAGUCCGAAGUAACUCUCCGUUUCUCCUGUCAAUUUGCCUUAGAUCCAGCAAACAACUCCAGACACCACAACCUCGUUAUUUGAAACCUAAUGGCUGCUUCCGCUUUCAAAAGUAAGAAUGUGAAGUCUGUGUAAAACAGCAUCACAAGCAAAGACAAGGAGAACUGAAAUGGCCAUUUCUAGUUCAUAAGCAGUUAUCUGCAAACCGCACCCAAUCCUGCAAUAUGCAACCCUCGAGGCUCGAACUCGCAACCCGUAGAUAAGGAAUACAAAACCUUCAUCAUUGAGCCACGGGCUCGUCGUUUUGGAGCCACUGAGGUUGCAUAGCACAAGGCUGGGCAUGAUCGGCUGAUGACAGCCAGGAAGGGGGAAAUAACCAUUCCAGUCCCUCGGGUCGUCUUGAGGCAAAGGCCCAAGAAUAGUCAAAAUUUUAAACGGUCCCGAAAAAUUUAUACUGCUCUUUCAUUCCUGCCCAUAAGUCAUGGCACCUAGGAUGUAGAUCGAUGGUGUCGAUGGCACUUCUCUUUUCUUCGAGAGCAAUAUUUUUCAGGACUGAUUCUAUUUGCCUUUUCCCCGAUACAAGAAGUCAGUUUUCCCUUCUGGUUGCCUUGUGUAUUGGUUUUUCAAGCGACAACUCUCUACUGUUAGUGUUGUUGCAUGCGAAGGAACGUUAUUUCAUAGAUUUGAGAAUCUACGCACUUUGUAACUUGACACCAAUGCACAUGCUCCUUUAUUAAUCUAACUUUUUUCCUCAUUCUAUUGUCGUGCGGUUACUUUUGUUUGGUUAACUUUCUGACAAAUAACCACCGCUUAUUUUUUCAGUCCUCCGUCAUCCCGCCCAUUUGCAGGUUUGUCAGUUUUGACCUUUACCAAGUAAACUUAUGUAAGAUUGCUUUAACAUAUACAAUUUUCUGUAGGCGAUGAUAUCAUUUACCUUUUUCCGGCAGCAUAAAAACCCUUAAUCCGAAAUGUGUUGAAGCACAUUUGCUAGUGUAGAUGUUUAGACCUUCCAAAAAUGACUACUAAAUUGGUGUGAAUUUUCUCACAGAUUUUUGAUGUCUUUAUAAACUUACACAAAAAUAUCUCAUCUGUGUUUAUUUGGUGGAAAAUUAAGUUUUCUGUGGAUUUAAUAUCUGAAUAAUGGCUGUCUAUUUGUUUUAAAAAAACUUAUUCCUAAACGCCUUUAAAUCUAACCUGCGAUUACACUUGCAUUUUUUGCACAUUCCGUGUACGUAAAAUCAUAUAUUUCUAUCCAUUAUUAAGAAUGGGUCAAAAAGAGCCCACUUAAUUUUACAAAUGAAGGAGGACCAUGUUGUAGGCUCCGUAAUUAGUGUAAGCAAAACGACAGAUACGGCGCUGUAGGAAUUGACAGUUCACGGCCCUCAAAAACCUCAUGAUUGUAUACCUUUACAAUCUAAAUGUAUUCUUUCUUCAGGCAUAAAAUUUUGAGAAGUAAUUUUCUGCAAAAUGAGUGCAACAAUUAACUCCUUGAUUGUUUUUUUUUCAUAAAACGUAUUUGAAUCUCUAAGACCAUUAAAACAAGCGGUGAAAUGCUUGCUGCUUAAGAAGUCAUUUUCUAAUGAAUUUGGUUUUCUCAAGGGACAGGGAACUCACUCAAAGUCUUCGUACCGGAGUGACUGGGUAUAUUGGAUUUCAGCUAGAAGAUAUUCACUAUAACAAUCCAAUCUUUGUAAUCUUCUUUAAUCGAAAAUAUGGUUCAGCGUUUCGGCCAAAACUUCAUGAGAUGGGCCAGCUACUGUAGAUGGGAAUUAAUUCUGCUGCAUCAAAGUACACGUAGCUUGUCAGUCUACGGGUAACUCGGCUUUGAUAUUUCCGUCGACCGCAUGCCUAAAAGUCGCUCCUACCUUAAGUUAGAGAACGAACUAUGCCUUCGGGAAUUCGUGAUUGGAGGAUGUCCUUUAAAAGCAGAACUUGUGUUAUCUGGUGUCACACUAACUUGUUAAAAUGUUGAACUCACAGUCCACUCCCUCAAACGCAGUGCACUGUUGAUCGAUUUCUUUAACAUCCCCUGAAACGUGCGCUUUUAGUUAAUUUAUAAACAUCUUCAGUUUUAUCUUAUAGCAGUUCUCUAUCUGGCUUUACUUUUUAGACACUUCCCCAGCUCUUGUGUCACAAUAAGCUUAAACUUUCAAGAUCAGAAAGAUGACAACAUAAGAUUUACAAUUCUGUCCCUGUCUCUUUAUGUUCUAGACUCUGAUCCAUCGGUAAAUUCAGUCUGGCGUCUACUAAUCUGA